AUGAGUCUGGUCAGCCAGCGGUUUCACCGAUUGGUCACGACACCUCAUGCAUGGCGCAUCGCGUUUGCAAGAUACUUUCCCGGGUCGGAGGCGCUCGAUGAUGGCGCCCGCAAGGCCGCGAGAGAAUCGGUGCUUGAUGUAGAAAGAGCACAGCGAAGGAGUUUCACACGACUGUCGGCACUGUCCUCGUGGAGAAGCGAAUACAUACUCCGAACCCGGUUACUGCGGUCCCUUGGGCGAGGAAGACCUGCUCUGGAAGCUGUUGCUCGAUCCGGCGCAUCUCGCCAUGCCAGUAGUGCUGCCGCCGCUGCCGUCAUCACUUAUGCCUCCGGCUUAUACUACCCAGUCAGCCAUCUUCAUGCUACAUUUGGCACGGGCUUGAACAAGAAGCAGCCUUUGUUCAUGCAUGGGGCUGUGGAACAAGGAGGCGUCUCCGUUAGUGAACCUAGCACCGGAAAGCCGGGGAAUUGGGGUCUAACCGACUUUGAGGCCUUCAAGCAUUUCGCAGACUACUUUCCUGGCGAGGUACCCUACGGACUGGGGCCAGGUAAUGUGGUCGGUAUGCCAAAUGUGAUGGACAUUAGCCAACCCUAUGGAAAGGUCUAUGGAGAGGCUUGCCCCGAUGGUCGUUUGCUCUACACUUCCACAAGCGAGCAGCGUGGCCGCUUCGUUCCGAUCACAUCGGCGGCGAAUCAUACUUUGGGUAUUCCCGAAGUGAAUAUGCUUGGCUGUGCAGUUUGUUCGGUAUGGAUUGCAAAGUCUGAGGCGCCCCUCAAAGUGACCAACGGACUUUUUGGCUUUCUUGCUGGGUUCUCUAACGGCGUCCUCGCUGCAUAUGCGCUCGGCGUCAACCCAGUUCAUGAUCGCCGUUACGAGAAGGGCGAGCCAACAGCAAAGUGGGUGCUCUCUCCGGGCGUGCCGAUUAUUGCCAUCUCAAUUGACGAAAAUGUAUCUCCCCGUCGACUCGGGUCUCGUCGCAUCUGGGCAACGGUCCUCAAUGCGCUCGGAGAGGUAUACUGCCUUACAGAUACUCUUACCAGACCCGACUUCAAUGGUAAAGCUUCACCUGAAGACAUCGAUCGCCUGGCAUGGCAGACGGGACGAAGUGUGGAGUGGUCGCUUGUGGAGGCUACACGGAGAAAAGCGAAGCCAGAUCCCUUCGGGCUUGCACAAGCGGACGGAAGCUACACACCACGCACUUCGAGCGAUGCAUGCGGUCUGAGCCAGGAGCAGAUCAUCGCCGAGACAAAAGAAGUCGAGGAAUUCUUAGUCCACAAGCCGAAGCAUUUCCAGAGUCUUUGCGAGGGCUGGGAUAUGAGGCGCAGGAUGUUGGUCGAUCAUGCUGGCGAUGAUAAUCAUGGAGCUGGAGAGUCGAUCUUCCUCAUUGAAAGCGGGCUUGACGAGGGCAUUCCGGCAGCGAUCCGACGGUUCACCCGAUGCAAGAGCAAGAUCGCCGUCAACUUUGAUCUCGAAAGCUGGCCUACCAUCCAGUCCACCAUCAACAGACCUUCGAUUUUUGGCGGUCCGCGGGACACAAUGUCUUCGCCAGGAUUGGCAAGCAUCUCAAGGUCACGCACGUCGAGUCAGGAUGAGAGCGUGGACUCGAAGUUCCAAGAAGAUUGGCGUAUCUCGCAGUUUUCCUUCGCCGACCACAGAAACAUCCGCAUCUCGGCCGUGGCUGCGGAUGAAUCCGAACUUGCAACGCUAACAAUCAAUGAAGAUCCUCUCCUAGGAAUGUCAGGUGGCUCAACAGCUUCCUCGCCCUUGGCUUCUCCUUUGGGUAAUGUGCCCACGGCAAGCUCACCUUCUGAGAUUCCCGGACAUCGAGCUCGGUUGAUGAGCAUUGGUACCAUGUCAGGGAUCGUCAUGCUCUGGGACAUGCGCGCCAGCCUCCCCCCGAGUCCCGAGGUCGUCAACACUGUUCAACCCGUUCGGAUCAUCUACACGAAGUCUCCACAAAUCGCUUCACUUGCGUUGACUUCGCUGUACGUCGUCCAUGGAGGCAAUGAAGGCCUAGUUCAAGCUUGGGAUCCCUUGGCCUCGACAAAUGAACCGAUCAGGACCUUGAACUCACGAUUCUCCGACAGAGCAAGACGACGCAUUGCUCAAGCUGAAGCCACAGUGCAUGGUGUUGGCAACAACUACUACGCGGCUGGUGCAAUUGUCCUAGAUCCAGAUCCUACCGUCUUGCGCGGAAUGGUCUCUUUGGGUGCUUAUCUUCGCUACUGGUCGUACAGCUCAACUGCGGCUGAUGCCUACAAAAGCCGCAAACGGGGUCAGUUGCGCCGCCGAUCAGAAAGAGGCAGUAACUCGACACCAGCUAGCCAGAAAGUCAGUGUUACUGCUCGCGGACUUCUAAAGGACUACAUUAGCGAUGAGAGGUUCGAAAUGGAGAGGGAGAAGAUGUUAAGACGCAAAGAAGAAGAACGUCUGAGUGGCAGGUUCGGGAUCAAUCUUCUGGGUGAGGAUGCCAGCGAAGAAGAGCUGCUUGCUUAUGCUACUAUGCUCAGUGAAGAGGCCUUUUCCUCGGACAAGAUGAAGAGGAUGGCCGACAAUGCUACAAGCUCGCUUUCUUCGCCCCAACUGCCUUUGUGUCUGACGGAAGAAACUGAACCCACAACAGCCGAUGCGGAUCUUGAAGAAGCCAUUCGCCUCAGCUUGUUGGACAGUGAGCAGGUGUCUUCUUCGCCGCAGAGCAAUGCAUUCGACAUUCCUAUCAGAUAUGCGAAAGGAUCCAAGCAUGGCACACCUUCACGCAACACGAAGGCUGGCAGUAGCAAGGCUCCGACGGCGCCCCCCAAGGAUGAUGACUUGGAGUUUGCUCUGCAACUGAGCGCAGCCGAAGCAGAGAGUCGGCUGAUGGACGAAGAGCGGUUCCCCGUUCUAUCCAAGUCAUCCAGCUCUGGGUCAGACGAGCAUGGUAAGGGAAAGGGCAAGUCGAGACGUCGGUGA